AUGGGUGACUCAGGUGAUUUCUACCCACCCUCGGUAUGUACGGUAACCCCGGUCGGCAAUCCGAAGCAAAGCUCGUCCUUUACAGAUGCUACACUCCAAACAUGCCACCAAGUCCGUGAUCUUUUGACACAUGACACAAAAGUCGUUUUGGACGGCUACUCUCUUGACCUGGGCUCUGUUGUUGCCGUUGCUCGGCAUGGACACAAUGCGACAGUUACCGACAAUGUGGAGGUGCAUCAAUUGAUCAAACAAAGUGUAACGCUUCUCAGUCAAAAGCUCGCCCGAGAUGAAGUCGUCUACGGUAUCAAUACCGGCUUCGGAGGAAGUGCAGACACCCGAACAACAAACUAUAUCGCCUUGCAGAAGGCACUGCUCCAGCAUCAGAGCUCGGCUGUCUUGCUCCCUAGUGAUCGAGGACGGGAAAGCUCUGCUAUUCUUCAGUCUUUAAAAAGCCACAGCGUCCCUGUUCCAGUGGUCAGAGCUGCAAUGUUGACUCGAUGCAACUCCUUGCUGCGUGGUCACUCAUCGGUUCGAAUUGAAGUGGUUGAGUACAUGCUAGCUUUGCUGCGCAAUUCCAUGACUCCAGUCGUUCCUCUCAGAGGCAGCAUCUCUGCCUCGGGUGAUCUGAUGCCACUUUCAUACAUCGCUGGUGCUCUAGAGGGAAACCCGGACAUCUCAGUUGACAAGGGAAAUGGAGAGAUUAUUGGUGCUGAUCAAGCAUUGAAGGAGCUGAACCUUGAGCCCCUCGUCUUCGGUCCAAAGGAGGGACUCGGUCUUCUUAACGGGACCGCAUUCAGCACUGGCGCUGCAAGCUUAGUCCUGUUUGAGGCCAAUCAGCUCGUCCUAAUAUCCCAGCUUUUAACAGCCAUGGGAACUGAAGCGAUGCUGGGCUCGAUAAAUAACUACCACCCCUUUAUUGCUGCCGUUCGACCCCAUGACGGUCAAAUCGAGACUGCUAAGAACAUCUUCCAUUUCCUGGGUGACUCUAAAUUAGUCACCGCCGCUGGCCCCGAGCACGAAGGACUAGCUCAAGAUCGCUACGCUCUGCGAACAUCCACCCAGUGGCUGGGUCCACAAAUAGAAAACAUGGCCUUGGCCCUGCAGCAAGUCUCAGCUGAACUGAAUUCCACCACUGACAACCCUCUCACCGACCCAUCUAACGGACAUGUUCAUCAUGGAGGGAACUUCCAGGCCGCAGCCAUAACCUCUGCCAUGGAGAAAACAUUAAGCGCCAUGCAGAUGAUCGGCAAGAUGAUUUUCUCCCAGUGCUCUGAGUUAAUCAACCCUGCCUUGAGUAACGGCCUGCCCCCGAACUUGAGCACGGAUGACCCAAGCCUUUCCUUUGCUUUCAAGGGUAUAGACAUCAACAUGGCAGCAUACACAUCCGAGCUCGGGUAUCUGAACCACCCGGUCAGCAACCACGUCCAGUCCGCAGAGAUGCACAACCAAGGACUGAACUCACUGGCAUUCAUCAGCAGUCGCUACGCAGGUGAUGCCGUUGAAAUCCUAUCGCUAAUGGUAUCAGCGUACCUAUACGUCCUAUGCCAAGCCCUCGAUCUCCGCGUACUCCACGCAGAAUUCGUCAAAGACGCACGCGCCAAAAUCGACACCAUAACAGCAAACACUUGUCCAUCCAUACUCCCUGCACAGCUGGAGAAUAUCCAAAAAUCAAUCUGGGAAGAACUCAUGCAACACUGGCGCCGAAGCAGCACAAGCGAUCUUUCCAAUCGCUGCGUGACAGCCACAAAUUGUUCAGUCGGAGCUCUUCUUGAUCUCCUACCCGCGGGUGAUGGCGUUUCGCAGGAUAUCAGCAAUUGGAAGAGUAGCGUGGCUGCUACCUUGCAAGAAAGUUAUGAUGCUGUGCGCAAAGAAGUCUUGAGGGACCCUCCAACGAAGAAUUACCUUUGCAGUGCAUCACGGAAGCUGUACACAUUUGUACGGGAGGACUUGGGAGUUCCUCAUCAUAGAGGGAUUGAUGAUCACCCUACUUACACCAGAGAGAAUGCCGCCGGGAAGAUGUGUAUUGGAUCUCAGUUGAGUAAGAUUUAUACAGCGCUGCGGGAAGAGAAGUUUCGGGAUAUUUUGUCGACUUGUUGGUAG